AGGACACGUUACAGUGUUCCUAAAACGUAUACUCUAGGAUUCCUACAUUUUUUCGACAUGAAAGAAUUUUACGUAAUACUUGUGUUAAUCUAUAGCCAGGCCGUUUUCGGUUUGUCAGAAGAAAUAACUACAGCUGAACCAAUGCCAGAUAUUUAUGAACCGUUGCCAAUAAAAGGAGAACUGGCUGAGUUUUUCGAAGGCGACAUCUUGUUGACGGACAGACAAAAAUCGGCUCUCAUCUCCAAACACAAUCGCAACGGCCUCAUCGAUGUUACCAAGCGCUGGCCAAAUAAUACUCUAGUCUACUAUUUUGCUCCUAACGAAUUUACUGCAUAUCAGAUAAGGCAAAUCAGGGCCGCUUUGUGGAUUAUGGGAAACAGCUCAUGUGUUCGUUUUCAAGAGAGACGAUAUAGCAAUGAGUAUGCUGUGAGAGUUACGAAUGCCGGCGGCAAUGUGUGCAACUCAUACAUAGGGUACAUUUAUCAGGAUCAAUGGCAGUAUGGCUACCAGCCUCUCAAUCUGGGCCCGGGCUGUUUCAGCCGUGGCACUAUAAUGCACGAAUUUCUACAUGCACUAGGUUUCUUCCAUAUGCAAAGUACUUACAACAGAGAUGACUAUGUUUGCAUUGUCUGGAAAAAUAUUCAGGAAGGCAUGGAGCACAACUUUUAUAAGGAGGACAAUAUGACUGUGUCAAACUUCGAUGUUGAAUACGACUACAACAGCGUGAUGCACUAUUCUAGCACGACAUUUUCCAAAAAUGGACGUCGAACCAUUAUUCCAAUAGAGCCGGGCGUGACGAUUGGUCAACGGAGGGGCAUGUCACGUGGGGACGUCAUCAAACUGAACCGCAUGUACAACUGCUAUAAUAACAUCGAAGAAUGACCACUAAGCGACCGCCAUCGGUUCAACUGCCAACGGACAACCUGGAAUUUAUUCAACACAAUAGUAUUCUAGUAGUACCUUUUAAUAAAUAAAAAAAUGUAACACGAA